AUGGCAUUCCGUGGCAUUGCAGCUCCAUCUCGGUUAUGGAGCAAUGCUGCUACCCCGGCCUUCCGCUCAGCCACCCGAGGCUUCGUGGGAUACAGCAGAGACCAGCGAUGCGGCCUCGCAACAGCAGUGCCACCAGUCACCCAGGAUGCUACCGGCGCUAAGGGGCCUACUGCAAUGGUUUUUAUGAACAUGGGCGGACCAUCAACGACCGACCAGGUGGAAGACUUCCUGAGCCGGCUAUUUUCCGACGGCGACUUGAUUCCCUUGGGUCGUCUACAAUCAUAUAUCGGACCACUUCUCGCCCGCCGACGAACCCCCAAGAUCCAGAAGCAAUACGCGGCCAUCGGCGGAGGCUCACCAAUUCGCAAAUGGUCGGAGUACCAGUGUGCGGAGAUGUGCAAACUAUUGGACAAGAUCUCUCCGGAAACCGCUCCCCAUAAACCCUAUGUGGCUUUUCGCUAUGCCGCUCCAUUGACGGAGGAGAUGUACAAUCAAUUAUUUGAGGAUGGGUUUGGUAAUGGUAGGGGAGGUCGCGCGGUCGCGUUCACGCAAUAUCCACAAUACUCUUGCUCCACCACUGGCAGCUCCUUGAAUGAGCUGUGGAAGUGGCAAAAUAGACUGGAAGGAAAGCGUGCCAAUGGGGACGUGGAUGCUACGGGUGCGAUCAAUUGGAGUGUCAUUGACCGAUGGCCCACCCACCCUGGUCUGGUUGAGGCAUUCGCGCAAAACAUUGAAGCUCAACUGAAUACAUACCCCGAAGAUAAGCGGGAUAAGGUGGUUUUACUAUUCUCGGCCCACAGUUUGCCCAUGAGCGUCGUCAACCGAGGCGACCCCUACCCCGCCGAAGUUGCCGCCACCGUCCAUGCUGUUAUGCAGCGACUCAAGUUCAGCAACCCCUACCGUCUGUGCUGGCAGUCACAGGUGGGCCCUUCCGCUUGGCUUGGCGCGCAGACCGCAGAUACCGUGAUGGAAUAUGUUAAACGUGGGCAGUCCGACUUGAUUCUGGUGCCCAUUGCUUUCACCAGCGAUCACAUCGAGACCUUGUACGAGUUGGAUUUGGAGGUUAUGGAGGAAGCCAACAGUCCUGGCGUUAAGCGCGCAGAGAGCUUGAAUGGAAAUCCGACCUUCAUCCAAGGGUUGGCAGAUAUUGCGCACCAACAUUUGCAGAAGAAUGAGCCCUGUUCUCCCCAGAUGACUCUUCGUUGCCAGGGCUGCCGCAGUGACCGUUGCCUCGAGCAGAAGAAAUUCUUCGCCGGCAAAGAGCUCUCUUCUCUUGUUCUUUGA